AUGAAAAAGAAACUUUACUUCUUGAAGGGAAUAUGGGCUGCGGUGGCGACGGCAGCUUACUCCCUUCAAUCGAACUGUCUAACUUCAAGUCCACAGCAGCAUAAGCAGAUGCAACUCCGAAAUCCCGAGGCCAAUUUUUUCCCCUUUAAUCAGAAUCCCAGUGCCAUCAACGCGAUACAAGGACGGACCCAUUUCAGAGUCUUGGACAAUCGAAGAAUCGGAAGGUCUUGCGGAUUCACGAGUUUCGCCUUCCCCAUUAUUGAUGUGGACCGCAUGAGCAGGAUACCGCUUGUGUACUUCCAAAGGGAGGAAUAUGCAAAACGUGCGAGACAAUUAAUAAGGUCGAUGGCAUUCAGCAUACGCACUCAACUGAGGGUAUACGAGCAAUUGAAGAACGAGAGCUCGAUGGAUCUGCCAUGGAAGAGUGAGAUCGACGGCGCGGGGGAUCUGAAUGGUAUGGGCGAGAACUGGACCAAUGAGAGCGACCAAGUGAAUCCGUACGGUAGAAUCGGCGGGAUCUGCUGGAUUCCAUGA